AUGUUGCUAAUUUAUCGAAUGUUUUAUUGUUCGUCGUUUGUCAUCAAUCUUUUGUUGUUCGACAUAUUUUUUGACAACAAAGGAGUGGAAGGGUUUGUCAGAGAUCGAUUCAAUAGUUCAAUACAACAACAGAGUGAUGAAGAGAUUAUAGACAACAGCAACAAUUAUUUGGCCACUUCAAACGCCCUUACUGAUGACAAUCACGAGAAGAAUUUGCCUGAAUUUUUCGAUAAAUUUGGCAAAAUUGGUGUUAAUUAUGAUUUGGAUGUUAAUGACACUGAACCUGCAUUAAAAAAUAAACCUUUUAUUUAUUGCCAGAAAUAUGAACAAAAUUCUUGUGCUUCUAAAAAUCCGGAAGAUUGCACAGAAACCGUAAAGUGUUAUGCUUCGAUAAAUACACAUUUAUUGGCUUGUAUGGCCGUCAGUUUAUACACCAUAAAUGAAAAUGGGACCUUUCAUGAGAUACCAAGCAUUAAAAGUUGUUGGUCUCAAGGUGCUAGUGAACUACGCGAAUGUCGUUCUGAAGAUGAAUGUGUGGUUGAUACGAGAAGGACCGGAACUAUAGGUUUGUCAGCCAAAUUCUGUUGUUGUCGAACACACAAUUGCAAUUCAAAAUUUACUUUCAAACCCCAACCAGAUUAUGAAGAUGAGGAAGAAGAUAAUGAAAUUGUCAAGUUGCUAGCAAACCAACAACAAACACUUCCCCCAUCCCAACCAACAUUCCACCAACAACUACAAAAUUACCAUUUGGCAUUAUUCAUUGUUGGAAUGCUUCUUUUAAUUCUUUUGUUCAUAACAAUUUCAAUUUCAUGUUUUGCUAUUAGUCAAAAACUUAGAAAAAAAAUUACAAAAAAAGGGAUUAAACAAAUUAGACCAAUAAGCAAUGGAAUGAACAGUAGAGAACCUUUAAUUGGUGGGGAGGUUACGUUGAGUGAUGGAACUAGGUUGAAGUUGACUGAGAUGGAAAUUACUGAAAAAAUUGCCGAGGGACGUUUUGGCCAAGUCUAUAAAGCAAGAAUUGGAGAUAGAUUUUUGGCUGUAAAACAAUUUGUGGAUAAUGGAGAGGAUAGUUGGACUAAUGAAAUGGAUAUUCAUUCAAUGAAAUCAAUUUCAAAAAAUGAUAAUAUUGCCGAAUUUCUUGGCGGCUUUUAUUUUGAAAAGAAAUAUAUGCUAUUAAUUAAAUUUUAUUCAAAAUGUUCUCUUUUUGAUUAUUUGAAGGUAAUGACUGCAUAUUCUGGUUUAGACACCUAA